AUGAAUGGAGCUGGAGCGAAUGGCGGCAUAUCUGGCGACACAACGCCAGCAAGCAAGAUAACACAGCAGACUGCUCAUUAUGCUCGACUCUUCCAAAAAUUCCUCGAUGAUUCAACACCCUACUACACAUACCGAUGGGGAUUCACUGCCUUUGUAUCCCUCAUAUACUUUAUACGUGUCUUCUCCAUACAAGGAUGGUACAUUGUUACGUACGCACUGGGAAUAUAUCUAUUGAAUCUCUUCUUGGCAUUCCUACAACCGAAAUUCGAUCCAGCUAUGGAUUCAAGUCCCUUGGAUGGCGAUGAUGACGAUUCAAAGGAACAGGGAGGGCUACCUACUAAAAUGGAUGAUGAGUUUCGGCCGUUUAUUAGGAGAUUGCCUGAAUUCAAGUUCUGUGUGUACUUUUUCAUCUUGUUUGGAAUCACAAUGAGGAGGCAGAUAAAACAUAUGAUAAAAUAUCGAUACAUACCAUUCAACUUGGGCAAAAAGACUUAUGCUGGGCCUGGUGGUGGACCUGCAAAUCAAAAGAACAACAAGUGA